UUUUACAAAUAGGGAAAUAUUUAAAAAAAAAUGUGAACAAAUCUUUCAUUCAAGAUUAAAAUUCCAUUUAAGAUUAAAAAAACGACAUUAUUUGGGUUUUGAUCUCGGUUUUUACGAGAAUUCGCGCAUUGAAAAUGCAUAAACUUUAUGCUUUUUCUCUUAAUCUGAACUUUUUGAAAUAUUUAUUUUUUAUGUUAGCUUUCUAGAAUUCUUCAUCUUCGUGUAUAACAAAAACAACAAAAACAAACACAAGUCGAGAGCGCGCGAAACAAAACGUCAAAAUUAAGUUGUGCACGCUGCUCAGAACUUGCACAUUCCCGUGCAGUUUCUGUCAGUUUUUUUUUUCUGUCAACUCAAGAGUCGUCCAAGUUCCGCACGAUGGAAAACUCCGGAAAUGUGUUCCUGGCCGAGCUGGUCGGUCGCGCAAAGCAGCUGCUUGACGGAAUGGCCGCUGAGCAAAACCUGCCACUCGUGGAAAUUGGACGGAGGGUGAAUGCAAUGAGCCAGGUUGUGACCCUGCUGACCGACAUCGCCGGCCGGCACAACGACGACGUUCGGGAUCAGCCACCGGCAGCGAUUUCGCAACAAAGGGUGCCGGCGGUUUUACUGCCGAAGUUGAAACUUGGAAAGAACAAAUCGGAAGCAGAACCAGUGAUGCCGAAGCCGUUGACGCUAAAAUCGGAAUCGGAGUCGGAAUCGUCCUCAUCCGAAGAGGAGGCAACUCCGCCAAAAAAGGCUCGGAGUGGAGGGAAUUCGCCAGGAUCUGUUGACGGCACAGGGAAAGGAAUCCAAUGCCGGCGUUGUAAACAAAUCUUGUCAUCAAGCCAUACCCUUAAACUUCACAUUCUCAACAAACACACGGGCAAGACUGACAAGCCACAUUCCUGUAAGUUUAAAGGCUGUGGCAAGCGAUUUGGUGAAAAGCAGGCCAUGAUCAGACAUUACAGAGCCCACUUUGAUCAGUUUCCUUGCGCGAUUUGUAGCAGGGUUUUCAACCGCAAGGAUAUUUUAACAGUACAUAUGAAAAAAGUACAUAAGAAGGAGCGAAAUUAAUCAAUACAAAGCUAAUAAUACAAAAAAAAA